GCCCCCGGGCGGCGGGUCGGCCGGGAAGUCAGCGCGGCGCAGGCCCAGCAUGGAGGACCCUCUGCGGAGUUGGCGUAGGCCCGGGCUCGCCGUGCAGCGCGGUGCUUCGCUGCGGAGUUGGCGUAGGGCCGGGUCCGCCGUACGGCCGGGUGGUUGCGCCGCGGAAUCGGCGCAGUCGCUGCCUCGGCCAGUCGGCGGCGCAGUUGGGGCAGCUCGGCGGACGCGCUUUGGCUCGCAGGCGGAGGGAGCGUCGCGGGGUCCGCGAGGGCUGCCGCGGGUAGCCGCUCGGCGGAUGGAGGGCACGGAGCACGGCACCCCCCCUGGGGCUGGGGGGUGAGGCUGGAGCAGAGCGGGCGUGCGAGUGACCGCUCUUGGGGAGGAACAAGGCAGAAGUUGACAAAUCAGUAAACUGUUUGAAAGACGCCUGUUGAAUUCUGAGUGUUCCUCAUGUAGCUUGCUGUCCCACUGAGGUCAGCAUGGCCAUACCAAUAACAGUUCUGGACUGUGAUCUCUUGCUUUAUGGCCGCGGUCAUCGAACUUUGGACCGCUUUAAGUUGGAUGAUGUGACUGAUGAAUACCUUAUGGCCAUGUACGGCUUUCCACGCCAGUUCAUUUACUACUUGGUAAAUCUCUUGGGAGCCAGCCUUUCUCGCCCCACUCAGCGGUCCAGGGCCAUCAGCCCAGAAACCCAGAUUCUUGCAGCACUGGGCUUUUACACUUCUGGCUCCUUCCAGACCCGGAUGGGAGACACCAUUGGAAUCAGUCAGGCCUCAAUGAGCCGCUGUGUUGCCAACGUCACAGAAGCCCUGGUGGAAAGGGCCUCUCAAUUCAUCCACUUCCCAGCAGAUGAAAUCUCUAUUCAAAGUCUGAAGGAUGAAUUCUAUGGGCUAGCAGGAAUGCCAGGAGUGAUUGGAGUAGUUGACUGCAUCCAUGUGGGGAUCAAGGCUCCCAAUGCUGAAGACCUCUCCUAUGUGAACCGUAAGGGCCUGCACUCUUUAAACUGUCUGAUGGUGUGUGACAUCCGGGGGGCUCUGCUGAAUGUGGAGACAAACUGGCCAGGCAGCCUCCAGGACUGGGCUGUUCUGCAGCAGUCGGCCCUGAGGAGUCAGUUUGAAGCGGGGAUGCACAAAGACUGCUGGCUCCUUGGUGAUAGCUCCUUCUUUCUUCGCACCUGGCUGAUGACCCCACUUCAUAUUCCAGGAACCCCUGCAGAAUAUCGCUAUAACAUGGCCCAUUCUGCAACUCAUAAUGUAAUUGAGAAGACAUUUAGAACCAUCCAGUCGAGAUUCCGCUGCCUGGAUGGGUCCAAGGGAGCCUUGCAGUACUCUCCAGAAAAGUCCAGUCACAUCAUUUUAGCUUGCUGUGUGCUCCACAACAUGUCCCUGGAACAUGGGAUGGAUGUGUGGUCUUCUCCAGUAACAGGACAUUUGGAGCAGCCAGAAGAGGAACACGAGCAUGUGGAGGCGCUGGAUGCUGAAGCUGACCGCGUGCGGCAGGAGCUGAUGCUCACUCACUUUAGCUAGUCCGGAAUGGAGCAGAGGGCUUCCUGUCCGCCAGUGUGAGGAUGCCUGUCAUCCCUUUGUACUCAAUGUCUGCGCUUUAUGGGAUGCAUCUGCCAAUUCAGUAACUAUAUCAAGCCCACAGUUCUAGGGUUUUUGGUGAACCCCAGUUUGAAAUCCACUUAUUUUUAAACCAAAUGGCUGGCAAAAGCUCAAGUGUUUACAUAUACAAAUAAAAGGGGAAACUAAAGUAAUUAGCAGCUAAUUCAAAUCCCAAUGCCAGAUGUGCAUCAGUUAUCAGGAUAUUUCUAAUAAAAGUAAAUUUUCUUGUCCUAAAUUAUCAAUAGGGUGCUUCUAUUUCUACCUUUCAUUUAGACAUAACUUGAGGUCAAUGUGAUCUUGACCAAGAAAUAGUCUCUGACAAGGUAUGGAUUACUGAUUCAAGCUUUACCCAGCCAAGAGAAUCUUGCCAGCUAGGAUAAUUACAGACUGAUAGCAGCCUGGACCUUUCAACUCAAAUUUUGAAGCAAGUCUCCAGAUAUCUGGACCUAAUCUCUGUGGACCAAACCUGAAUGCUUUUCUCUUGUUCUCCUACCUUCCCCAUCUUUUUAUGUCGAACAUCAGAAUAGAUGGAGGAGUUUUGAUCAAAGGCGGACUUUGCCAUCUUAUCCUUUCUUUCCAAAGAAAUCUCAUUAAAGCAAUUUCCUUUGUA